GUGCCGCGCCGACAGCGACGUCGACCGGGGGCUGCUUCUCGGCAGGUGCGAGCAAGAGAGGGAGCGUGCUUGACUUGAACCGGACGGGAGGCUCUUUCUGGCGCCGGCCGGGUACAUCGAUAGGAAAGAAUCGUGGUAAAAAGAAAACGCACGCGCGCGCCGCGGGGAAGGAGCACAAGACGUUCGUCUGAUGCGACGCCGCGGCGACCUGAGCAGUCGCCGGCCAAAGACACAGCGAAUUUCGGCUGCUAUCCGGUGACCGCUGCUUUAUUUGCAAGAUCGUUGAGGGACCGCAGACGAGUCAAGAUCGCAUCCCAUCCACACGCCUGCGAAGUCCACCGCAGGGGAUGGCGGAUGGCGGCGGCAACAACGGCAAUGGCGCCGCUUCCACGGAGACCGGGACGACGACGGUGGUCGAAUCCCAUCCCCCGCAGCAGGCCGUGACGCCGAAGAAGCCCAAGAAGCGGAAGAAAUCCGAGUCAUCAGAUGAGCAGUCGAGCGGCGCCACCGUGCCCGGCGGCUGCACUGCACCCGACGGUGACGGCGGCAGAGAUCCGAAGCAAGAGGCCAACAAGAAGGAUAGGCUCGUGUGGAGUCCUAAGCUGCACGGCAAGUUCGUGAGAGCAUGCAACGAACUUGGGGUAAAAGAUGCCGUGCCGAUGAAAAUACUGCGGCGGAUGAAGAUCAAUGGAAUAACUAGAGCGCAAGUUGCCAGCCACCUACAGAAAUAUCGGGGGAGUCUGUCAAAACGGAAGGAUGAAGAAACCAGUGGUAACAGAGGUGAUGCUACCACCGUGAUGGUUGUGCACCACACACCCCUUGAUGCCGCUUCGCCCUCUCCGCCGGCGACGGCGACUGCUCCUCCGCCAGCAAUUCCGCCCUCCGUGCCGCCUUCUCCGCAAUCACCCUUGGAAACUCCCGACACGAUGUGCCAACCGCCGAAUGGCCACAGCAGCGACCACGCCGUUGCUGCAGCAAACUUGCAUCACCAGCAACUGCAACUUCUCUUAUUACCGCCGGUGCAGCACCAGCAUUGCUUUCCGCCGCCGCCACUACUCCACCAGGUCGGCGCGGUGACUAUCACGGAGGAAAAGACUCCGAGUAUGAUGCAGCAACAGGCCGCCGUCGCCCCCGCUUCACAGCACGGUCCAACGCUCGUGGGCGUCGAGCAGGCGGCAGGCGCUCCGGUGCCGGCGAGCGCCGCGGAGAACGGCCCUCCGGUGAGCAUGCUCCGAGGUACGUGCCUGAUUGAUCGUUCGCAUAUUCUGUUAUUUUCCAGCACCACAUUAUAUCUGCACCAGCACAAGCACUUCUGUGAUCUGUGCUCCCAUUAUCUCGUCCUACAAGCAUUUCCUAAGGCCAACAUGAUGAGACUUGAAGAGCCGGAGACACGAAUGGCGCAGGCGCUAGUGGUCGCCAAAGAUGAAAAGGGGCAACGGCGAGCUGCAGAACCAGAAGCAGCUGGUGCUGCCUCCUUGAGCCCGCCUGGCAGCAUCAUUGAACGAUACUGGGGGAGUGGCGAUCGACCUUCAUGGGAUUUAUUCGGAUUACGACCGAGAUUAGCAUCGUGCCGACGGGGAUUUCCACGCUAAAAGAGAUUAAGGAACAAUAUAUAGGCCCAUAAUGUAGGGAGUUUGAGCUUCAUGUCAACUAGUACUGUGUUUGAGGCCUAGAAUUGCCGACAGCGAUUGGUACUCUAGCUGGUAUCUUAAGAAGAUCUCAUAAACAGGGUAUAAUUAAGCCCUUCAUGGACAGGACCUCAGUUUGCUAGCCCUUGGUUGGUGAUUUUUUUUUAAAAAACGUAAUGUCCUGUGGUGUGCUCA